UCGACGUUAAGCUGGAUGAACAUUUGUGAAUCGCGAAGAUCUUUGGUAACUCGAUUACUACAUUUUCUUAGCAAAGCACGAAAGGAAGUUUAACAGGAUGACAACAGUUUCAUCUGCAUGUUGUCAGGAAAUUUCCGAUGAGACGUCGAAGUCAACGAACGACGCUAUACAAAUCGACAGCCUUCUCUCGUCUUCACAGUUUAUACCACGCGUUAUCAACAUUAGUGUUGUUAAGCGCUUCGUGACUAGGACUUCGAGUUCGUACAGCCGCGCGAAGCAAGCCACACCACCUAUGGUGCGACCGGUCGUAGAUACGGCAGAAGUUACUGCACUUCAUUUCGUUAGUCAGAUGAUGGCUAUCGUGCUGUUAUUGCCAUUGCCCCUACAAUUCGCCGACCAGUUGGCAUGCGCAAGUUUAACCAAAUUUGAGUGUCUGGCCGCUUAUAAACAACUAUUAGUUAAUCGACUCUAUCAGCUGCCGUCGGACAGACUUAAGACCACACCAGUUAGAGAUAAAGGAAAAUCGUUCUAUUUCGAACUUCUUCGAUUUAGCCCAUCCACGAAGGAUAAGGUUAUCUGUUGGCUAAAGCACAAUUUAAGUUUCUUCGUCGAAAUCAAGCUGGCUCUACUCGAGCGCGUCGAGGGACUGCUAAAGAGUUUUCGUGUAAGGGAACUUGGAUUGAGACUCGACUCAGGCUUUGAAGCAGACCUCGCGGGACGUAUUCAGAAAGUCAAGCAGCUAUGCGAAGACGCUAUUGCACAGCAAGAAAAAAUUUUGAACUGGGCAUUAGCUGAUGGAGUCAUUUACAAUCCUCUCGAGCCGGUGUUGAAGCAUUUGCAGAGUGCGGCUCAAAAACUGACAUCCAGUCCCGGUGGUAUCGUGCUACUGCACGAUAAGGUGGCGUUAUUUGGGGAUAUUUUGAAACGAGUCAUAAAACAGAUCAAGCCAGCUGUAAAAGAUACGGAGCGACUCUCUGCCGAUGUCAAAGGAACGAUUUAUAAAAACGCUGCUGGUGUAGCCCAAGCGUUUCUGCCUCAGUUCGCCUUAAAUAGCGUCCAGAGGCUCACGGACUUCUCGAUCGAUGUGCCGCCAUUUACCGAAGUAUCUAUGGACGCGAAGAGCAGGACGAAGCUUGGCGAUCGGACGAGCCCGGCGAUAGCUGAAGUUCAGGGUAACCUGCUUAAUGGUGUUGUCAAAAAAGGACGUUCAACUGUAAGGAAGUCUGUCACGAUAGUUGAGCCAGCCGAGAUAAUAGGCAGCACCAGCCGAAAGACACACAGUAAGGCAAGCGAUAAUAUUUGCCGAUUACGAUCGAUGCGGAAGCGGUCAAAUUCGUUCAACCUACGCUGCAGGCCAAAAGCGAACUUAUCAUCAAACCCAAAACUAAAGUUAUCAAGGAGAAUAAGGCGGAGGACGACGAAGAGGCAGAGGACAAUAAGGAUACGGAGAGAGAAGCUGAUAGCACGAAUGCACAGGCAACUGCAAAAAAGAAACCGGAUCGUGACCACUGUGGGAGAAUCGGUCAAGAACACCACCACCACCACCAGCACCAGCUAUGAAUCAUAAUUAGUCAUUCUGAAUGAAAAUAUUGUGUAUUGUUCCCUUAUAGUUGAUUCUAGAUCUAGUAUAGUGGAUACGUAUAUAUUCAUAACAAUGUAUAUAUAAAUGUGUAUAUAUAUACGGCUUUUUUGUUAGCUCGUCUGGCUGACUGACGUGUGUCAUCAUAAAAAAUUAAAAUAUAGCUUUUAUAUAUUAUAAUAACCUUUGUUCAUUGUCCACUAUGAUAUAGCUACGCUGCUAUCA